UUUAUUCUUUUGGGACUUUUGUUGUCUCUUCUCUACGGACUCAUUGUUCCCAUUUAUGCCUUCAUUUUCGGCGCUUUCGUCGAAGUGUUCGCCACCGAAGACGACCCGCGAGACAUAUGGCGGCGCUCUUCGCCGUUCGCCUUCUAUUACGUCGGAAUAGCGGUCGCCGUCGGACUCAUAUCCGUCGCGCAAAUGACGGCUCUCGGAGUGGCCGGCGAACGGCUCACUCUGCGUCUGCGCAAACUUGCCUUCGACGCCAUUCUGCGUCAAGAGAUCCGAUGGUUCGACAGACAGGACAACAGUUGCGGCGCUCUUUGCGCGCGACUCUCGGCCGACGCCGCCAACGUCCAGGGCGCCUCGGGCUCGCGAAUGGCGAUCAUCUGUCAGGCGUUGUCCACUUUCCUCGCGUCCGCCAUCUUGGGCUUCGUGUUGUCGUGGAAACUGUCGCUCGUGGCGAUGCUCUUCAUCCCCUUUAUUCUCGUGGGGUCGGCUGUGGGCGCCUCCGUCGACAACUGGGAGCUCAAGGCCAACAAACAGUGUUUGGAGCGCUCGACGAAAGUGGCCACAGAAGCGCUGUCUUCCAUCCGAACCGUCGCUUCUCUACAUCGGGAACAACACUUCUGCACGCGAUUCCAACAGAUCGUCGACUCGAACGCGCGGACGGCGCGCAAGAAGACUAUCCUCCGCGCGCUCACUCUCGCCUUCUCGCUGUCCAUUGUGUUCCUCUCGUACGCCGCGGUCUUCCUGUGCGGCGGAAUCCUUCUCUCGCAACGAAGUCUCUCUUCGAGCGACUUCUUCAUUAUCAUCGAAACCCUGAUCUACGGCUCUAUGACUGUCGGCCAGUCGUCGGUCUUCACGUCGGACUACCGGAAGGCGAAGAUCGCGGCCGCAAACAUCUUCCGACUCCUCGACCGCAAGUCCAAAGAGAUUAUGGGAAGUGCGGAGACGCCACAGGAGUGCAAAGGAGACGUCGUCUUCUCCGGCGUUCACUUCCAUUACCCGAACCGACCGGAAGCGCGAAUCCUCAACGGACUCUCGCUGAGCGUCGCGAGCGGACAGACCGUGGCUUUGGUCGGCGCUUCCGGUUGCGGAAAGUCCACUUCCGUCCAACUCCUCGAACGCUUCUACGACGCGUCGCGCGGACUCAUUGCAGUGGACGGUCGUGACGUCAUGGCUCUGGACAGACAUUGGUUGCGACGCCAGAUGGCGCUCGUGUCACAGGAGCCGACGCUCUUUUCGGGAACCAUCGGCCAAAACAUCGCUUACGGCGAGAACGCGCGCGACGUGCCGUUCGACGAAGUGGUGCGCGCCUCGCAAUUGGCUAACAUUCACGACUUCGUCGAAUCACUGCCCGCCAAAUAC